UAGAACUACUGGACAGCUGUCUUAUUUUAUUUGUUGGUAGCUCUCUGUGAAGGCUCAACAAGGUGUCAUGUUCCUGACUGUGCUGCACUGCAUGCUCAGCUGUGAAUUAACCCUUUGUUAUAGCCACCAGUACAUCUGUUAUCUUCACUGGGUUUCCACCUCCCUGAGUUCAAAUCAUCUUCCUGGUAAUGAAGAUGAAACCACAUUCAGGAAGUUAGGAAACUUUCAUAUGUUUUACUGUCUUUGCAGGAUUCCUACAUGAAAGAAAAUUAAUUCAGAAAAUGGAGGCAAGGCAGCUGAAAAGAAAUGUGGAGGCCCUGAUUGGUGAUUACAUCGGGCAGAAGCUCAGAGAAAAGUCUUUUGAUCCAAAAGGAAGGGAGAUCUCCAUACUGGAUGACCUGGCUCACUAUGACCUGGCCAUUAGUGUUGCCCUCUGGUGGUUGGACAGAGAAGAGGGACGGGAUGUGCUCGACAGAGACAUCAUUGGAGCAACAAGCAGCUCAGGUAGUGCCCAGUACCCAAAUCGCUUAGAACGGGAGGCUAUGAUCCUGUCGUCCUUUGCUGGAAUUAUUAUGAAUAGCCUCCCAGUGGAGGAGAUCUUGGCUCUAUACAGGUGUAAACCAGCUGCCUCAUACCCCAACCAUCAGUCCAAGACUGCAAUCGUCUACCCCUUCACUCUGUCCUACCAUCCAUUCGCCAUGCUCGGCUCUUACAAGGCUGUGUACCACUCCAAGAAGCACAAUCUAAAGUUGAAACGAUGGCUGUCUGAGAGGACAAAGUCUAAUGCCCCGCCUGGACGAGUCUCAGUGCAAUCUUCAUCAUCGUCCUCCUCGUCGCACUCCUUCCUGAGUGACAGCAAUGAUGGCCACGAGGAAAGAACUACGCGCUAUGAGGGUUCACAAGAGUCUCUGCAGGACUGAAGACACCUCCUGCACUCACUUCUGCUGUCUUUACUUUUGUUGUUCACUUCAUUCUGUCACACUGACCGUCUUUAAGAGUUGUUGCAAUUUUCAGCAUUUGGAGGCUGAGAGGUGAUGAAGACAAAUCUUCAUUAACACGUGUGAUAAUAACAUUAAAAGGAUGGUGAUUGUGGCUGAUAACCUGUUGUACUGUUGUGUAUCCAACUGAACCAAAUGACAAAACUAAUGUUAACUUGCUCUGAACAGUAAAGAGGAAACUGAUUUAGACUAUGGGUAGGAACGGGUAUUGUUUAAGUCAUAUGGAUUCCAAUAAGAUAAUAAUGCAUUUAAUGGUAUCACUAACAAUACAGUUGGACUUUUUCCCUGUACUGAUACAGUGAUAUUAUAGACAUUUUUUUGUUAUUUUCAGCAUUGUCAGUUGCCACUGUUU